CUACAGUGUGUGUGCAGCAGCAGCAGCAGCGCUACAGUGCGUGUGACCCUUCACCCACUUCCAGAGCAGUGAGUUCUCACGCUCCUCAGCGCUAUAAAAGGCUGAAACAACCGAGCACACCUUACCCACGUCUUCACGCAUCUACUACUCACAAAUCAGGAUGUUAUCCUAUCUUACUCGCUGGGUGUCCAGAGGUGCUAUCCAGGCACUGAAGGGGACAAGCAGUCGGCCUCAGCUGGUCAAGACACCUCAUAUUGGGAAUCAGACACUGGCAGCAGCUCCUUUACCCUUUGCUGGAGGGAGUCCAGGAGUAAGGCAGGCCCGGGCACUGGACCAGGAGAGACUACUGCAGAUUGAUUGGGAUGAUGGAAGUUGCAGUCUGUAUCCGUUCACCUGGUUAAGAGAUAACUGCCAGUGUCCUCGCUGCACGCUGCAGUCAGCACAAGCACGCAGCCUGCUGUUCUCAAAUCUGGACGUGCACACCGGAAUGGACCAAGUACAGCUGAUGGACAAUAAGGUGUCCAUUACUUGGCCUGAUCAGCACAGUAGUGAGUUUGAUCCUGACUGGCUAAAGAAACGCUGUUUUUCUUCUGAGGCAAGACAGGCUCUGCAAGAGGAGCUCUUUCUUAAUGAGCGUGAAUACUGGGAUUCAAGUCUGCAGAUCCCUUCAGGAGAUUUUGAGGAAGUUCUACACGAUGACAAGGCUGCCCUGGCCUGGCUAGAGGCUCUGAGACGCACUGGCAUUGUCUACCUGAGGGGGGCGCCAGCAGAGCAGGGACAGGUGGCCAGAUUGAGUCAGAGGAUUGGCUAUCUUCGCCUCACCUUUUACGGACACACGUGGCAAGUGCAGGACAAGCCCAUGGCAAACAAUGUUGCCUACACAUCUGGAGAACUGAGUCUGCAUACGGAUUACCCCGCUUUGCACCAUCCACCUGGAGUGCAGUUCCUACAUUGUGUUCGUCAGGCUGAUCAGGGCGGUGAGAGUGAGGUGGUUGAUGGGUUUCACAUGGCGGAGCAGCUCCGUAGGGAGGAUCCUGAGGCGUUUAACAUCCUCUCCUCUCUCCGGGUGGAUUUCACAGACAGCGGUGCUGACUACUGUGACUUCAGUGUGCAGUCCAAAAACCACAUUAUAGAUGUGGACUCUGAGGGCCGGGUGACGAGGAUAAACUAUAACAACGCCACACGAGACUCUGUGCUGGAUGUGCCUCUGCAUCAGGUUCAGCCCUUCUACUCGUCUCUAAAGGCGUUUGUGGAGCUGCUCAGCAGGCCUGAAAAUGUGUUCACAUACAGAAUGGAACCAGGUGACUUGGUGACCUUUGAUAACUGGCGUCUGUUGCAUGGCCGAAAGAGUUACCAGUCACAAGGUCAAAACUUGAGACAUCUAGAAGGAGCAUAUUUGGACUGGGAUGAGGUCAUGUCCCGUCUCAGGGUCCUCCGGAAAGCUGUCCGUGGAGAUAUCUAGACACUUAUCUUCACCUGCCACACUACAGUGACAGUAAUGACAGGAGGGAAAGUUGAUGUCUGUCCUCUGGUUUUGGGCUAGUGUUGCUUCAUGAUAAGCUUAAAUACAUCUGUUCAUUGUUGAAAGCUUCAGGCAUUUCAGUUUUGGCAAGUAGAUAUUAGUUCUUCUGUAGCUAUUAUAAUACUAUUACUGCGGCCUUUUACUGAAGGGCUCUUGGAGUCUUCAGCUCUUUCUUGCACUUAGAAAGUGCAGUCAUUUUCUUCGUCUUGACUUAUUAUUAGUUCUAAUAUAAGGGACAGUUUGCCAGAGGUAAUUUGGUUUUAGUCUUAAUAUAUUAAUGACAAUCACAAGUGAUGGUGAAAUUAUGUUUAGAAGUAAACAUUUUUAGCCAACUUUUGUUUGUCUUACAGGGAUUAUUGUUUUAACGGUCAGUACUUUUCCCUCUCCUUCACACAGACAUUGUAGUAAGACCAAUAAUUAAUAUGAUUUUAACUCACAAAUUUUACUCUAAUGAACCAUUAAAAUGAUACUUGAUUGUAUUGUAAAUAGUAGUUUGGACAAUGAUGGGACAUUGACUCUAAAAGAGAAAAAUGUUUUCUGUGGUACAAAAUUAUUUAUAAGCUACUGUCCAAAACAAAGUGUCUCUGUUUUGAUAUACUGGCCAAUUUGUGCUAAUGCAGCAACAAUGCAAAUAUAGCUCAUGUAGCUAAUAAAUCUAAUUAGUAAAUUUGUUAAAUUUUUUUGUAAAUAGAAAUGUUGAUAUUUAAAGAGCUCAGGAUUAUGAGCACCUCCAGUGGGUUUUAAAGGACGAGCCUCAAUGUAAACAAUGCAAUGUUUAUAUUAAAAAAAAAUGUUUGAGCUGAAGUGUUAUGAUGUUUUAGCAGGACUCCGAAAGAGACAAUAAAAUACAUUUAUUAUA